AUGAACCCGACCACGCCCAACGCUGCCGACCAAACCACCGGGGACUUAGACCAACUUCCCGACCACUGGACCGAGGAAGAGCACCAACAGUUCGACAAUCUCAUAUGUAACGCGAUGGCCUUGGAUCCGCACUUGCUAGAAGACGACGACCCAAUUCCCUUCCUAGCCGGACUCCUUGCGCAUGUCCUAACCCAAAUCAAAAAUAGGACUAAGAAAGCCAUCAACAGCACACCCGAGGACCUUCUCCUCCACCACCCGCCAUUGAAGGAUGCUUUGCAACAGGCAUGGCGCACCAGGUCGUUCAAGAAAAUCCGUAAUCUCAAAAUCCUGAGAAAGCAGGGAUCUCCUAUCAUCGGCGUAGAGACAACGUUCGCUUCGGCACCUGGCUACACAGCGACUUUUCAUUCGUGGAAAACCCCCUUCCGAGGUUCAGCGGAUGCUACCUUGCUCGCCGUCAUCAAGGCCUACCUUCAAUGGACGCAGACCUUGCGAGGCAUUAACGGUGCCCCUUAUUCGAACCUAGUGCCCAUCAUCAACUCCUCCGGUACGGGCAAGUCUAGAGUUGUAGACCAACUGGGAAGGAGUGGUUCCUGCUUCGUCAUUCCACUAUGCCUUCGACGUGGAAAUGAAGGCUAUCCACCCCCGGAUUCUAAAAUUCGGGACUGGCUCCUUAGUGCAGAGAGGAGUACUGCACAACCCGCUGGGAUUGCUGCGGCAGCGUUCCUCCGGGCUUUGCUCAAGACCGCAACGGAGGCCAUACAGGCUAUCCUGUCCGAGGUUCCGCUCGGAGCAGCAGCCAAUACGCGGUUCACACAAGAAAUGAGCGAUGGUUCCUGUUUCGGAACUCACCCGCGUUAUCGAGAGGAGUUCUAUGAACGCGUUACCACUUUAGCCGAAGAGUACAAAGCGGAAUUCAGCGACGCAGAACGCUUCAAUCUAGAAGACAACACGUCUGUCAACGAAGCAGCUGUAUCCUUGCUGUCCCUUCUUGGAGAGGAUGCAAUCGCCGUCUUAUCCUUUGACGAAGCCCAUGAGCUUGCGUUGCCAAAUUUGUCCGGUCCAUCGAGUGUCACAAUGUGGGCGCAGAUUAGAAAGGGGCUACGCGCGGUCAGGAAGUUGAACGUGGUUGGACUUUACCUUUCCACCUCUGGCAAAUACAAGCGCAUUGUUCCAGAACCGGAUAUCUCCUCGCGCGUGCUGAAGGAAGAGAGGAUCCUGUUACCUCCCUUCACCGAGCUCGGGCUCAACCAGCUGGCUCUCCCCCUUUCCUCAGAUGGCCCCAUCACUUUGCAAGAAGUCACCACCCUCGAGUAUGUUGCUCACCUUGGUCGCCCUCUCUUCGCUACCAGAUAUGAUGCGGGAGACGAUACAGUUCGAUCUAAUCUUCUCGAGUUCGCCCGCCAAAAAUUGGUCUCCACCAGCGAAAACGACGAGCUCAAAGUAUUGGGGUGCAUCGCUGUGCGUUUUGCUGUCGAGUUCCGUGCCAGCGCGUUGGACGAGAAGCAAGCGGACAUUGAACGGACUCUAGUGGAGAACCAUAUGCGGUACUGCGUAAAGGCUGAUAGUCGUCUUCGCAUGAUCACCAUCGCCCCUUCGGAACCUCUACUGGCCGAGGCUGCAUUCGAGCAACUCUGUUACUACGAAAAGAGGGCCAAGGUUCUAGCUGUUGUCGCAAAUAACAUUAACAGUUGGGGAGUCGACAAGGGGGUUAUGGGAGAAUUUGUGAUGAGUAUGAUAUGGAUGGCAGCGAGGGAUGAUCUGGUGGUCAGGAAAGCCCACACUCUAGACAGACGGCCCUGGAAUCCAUACGGACACAGCGUCGUCACCGUCAGCGAUUGGAUGAAGCAACUCCUCCCUGCCAUGCACCACUCAGACCUCGACGACAUGCUCCCCUCCAUCGGCGAAGGCGCCCCAUUCACCCAAGCUUUCGCAGAAUGCCGCAUCUGGUGCAACCACUUCAUCCAGGUCCAAAGCUUCAGCAUCCUCAACACCCGAUUCCUAUGUGCACUCCUCUCAAAUGGAAUCGGCGUGCUCUGCGCACGUGGGCAGCCUGGAAUCGACAUGCUCUGGAUCGGGCUGCGAGGCGAUGAAAUACGGGAAGACAACCUUGUGCUGAUCCUAGGCCAGGCCAAAAAUGACCGAUGCUUCACUGCCAACCCAGAUCGUGUCGUCCUGGACACUAUGGAUCCCAUCAACCUGCGUAUCUGCGAUCCUAACAGGUCGAUUCCUGUUAUCCGGAUGGUGUUCGCACUGGCCUCAGAGAAGCCCGGAGUGACGCUUUUAGCCCCCCCUACGCGACGGUCUCCUCGGGCAAAAGCAUCCCAAUUCACCUCGUACGACUUCUGGUUCGCCGGAGCUGGUCCUUCAACCUUUGGAUGCGUGACCAGUGAAGAUGCCGUGAACUACGGCGACCUGCUUGCAUCGUCGCGCAGCUUGGAUCCCUAUGACCCACUGGCUUACACUUUACCUCCAGGCGCAGAGCAGUUAGAGGGGGUACAAGCGCUGGAGAAACAGAUGAAGGCGGUCACAGAGAUGCGGCUCAUGAUGCAACGGGCGGCUAACAGUAUGAGGAUGGGCUUUGAGCCCCAUUUCCCUACCUCUUGGCAGCGUCGUUUGUUCCGGCGGGAGGAUUCAGAGGAGCCGCAUCUUCCACACUAGGAACUGUUGUACUGUAACCAAGGAUGAAGGAAGCACCAUAGCUUAUGACAACCUCG